CGUUGAACCCACUCUAGCGUAAAGAUUGUGUCGCCAGAGAAAUAUUCCUUGCCGUGAAAGGAUGUAGAAAGCGGCUGUAAAAUAUAGAGGGGGAUUCAGGCGAGAUGAGUGCUGUCUUGGUGAAUCGAAUCCAAGACCAUUAUCGCCUAGUGUGUGGUAUUUGCCAGGAGACCUACAACAAUCCUAAAGUGCUACCAUGUCUGCACUCCUUUUGCCAAAAUUGUUUGGACAAGAGUAUCAGGUCCCAAGAGCGCGUGCUUGUCUGCCCCACAUGCCAAUGCUCUGUCCCAGUCCCUGCCAAAGGCAUAGAAGCGUUCCCGGUCAAUUUCUUCAUCAACAACAUGCUCACAGUGCUGGCCGUGCAGAACCCAACAAAGUGCACGAACUGCGAGGAUAGCGCCCAGGCCUCUGCCCGGUGCCUCGACUGCGUGGAGAACCUCUGUACGAACUGUGUGGAGGCUCAUCAAAGGAUUCGACAGACCAAGGACCACAGAAUUUUGACGCUUGAGGAGAUCCAGGAAAACGAAGUUAAAGAUUCCAUUCAAUGCCCGUCGUUCUGUGGAAUGCACCCGCGAGAGGUGUUAAAGUAUUUUUGCGAGACAUGUGACCAGGCCAUCUGUCGUGACUGCGCCAUCUACGAGCACCGUGACCACGUGUACGUGGAUCUGAAGGAAGCGGUGAAGAAGUACAGAUCCUCGGUUACACACAUGUUGGACACGUGCAAGAGAAAGAUUCCUAUCCUCAGAUGCGCCGUGGAGGAAGUGAAAGAAGUUCGGCGCAACCUACAGGACCGGGUCCAGACAGUAAAGGACAACAUUCGGGCUACCAUACAAAACCAUAUCCGACAACUUGAAGAGCAGGCCGAAGAUCUCACACAAACACUGGAAAACAUGUACCAUGACAAGGAAAAGGUUCUGACAGCGCAGCAGGAGAUUCUGGAGCUUGAUCUCAGCAACUUGCUGAGCAGCAGUGACUUCACUGAGAACGUGCUCAGGUAUGGAAACGAGGCUGAGGUUAUGCUCGUGAAGCCACAGAUGGUCAGCAGACUUACCCAUUUGAACGAGCACGACUCCCAAACGGAACCGGAAGAGAACGAGGUCGUUGAUUUUUCGUCCAAUGACCAGCAGUUGUCACUUAUGAUCAGCUGUCUGGGAAAUGUGUCCACAAGCUCCGCCUUCCCUCUUCUCUCACACGCACAAGGAUUCGGACUGACCAGGGCCAAAGUCGGACAGGAGGCUUCAUUCAAGGUCAUUGCGUUGGAUCGGGAUGGGGAGCCCUGUCAGAAAGGCGAUGCGCGCGUGUCCGCCAAGAUACGAUGCCCUAACGGAUUCCAGCUGACAGGUCACGUGACCAAGAACGAGGACAGCACGUACACAGUGACGUACACACCGAGCAUGAAAGGCGACCACGAGCUGAUGGUCAUGAUACGAGAGAGACAGAUCAAAGACAGCCCAUUCGACUUACAGGUUACGGCAGGUAUCGACUGCGACAAGCUUAGCGCGCCCGUGAUGUCGCUUAUCCCCACCGACCCUGGUCAACCAAUAGACGAGCACUUUGAGCCGUGGGGCGUGGCGACUGACCCUUAUGGACAGCUCGUGGUAACGGACCAUCAUAACCACCGCAUACAGAUAUAUGACAGUGACGGUAAGAUGAUGCGCCAAUUCGGGAUUCGUGGCAAGGGGGACGGGGAGAUCUGGUAUCCAGCUGGGGUCGCUGUGGAUAAAAGCGGCAACAUCUUCGUGGCUGAUCAUGGCAAUAAUAGAAUCCAGGCUUUCACACACGAAGGAGAAUUCAUCCGUAAGUUCGGUGGCAAAGGUACCGGCCUAGGUCAGAUGAAGGGUCCAUGCGGGGCUGCUGUGGACGGGGAAAACCGGGUUUUAGUCGCGGACCGAGACAACCACCGUAUUCAAGUAUUCGACUCGGAGGGAAACUUCCUCUUUACCUUCGGCAGCUAUGGCGACUCUCAAGGCAAGUUCAACUGCCCCCGUCACAUAUCCGUGUCCUCGAAGGGGGAGAUCCUUGUAUCCGAUGCCGGAAACUUCCGCGUCCAGGUAUUCGACGGUGCCGGCAACUUUCUGUCCAAGUUUGGCGAGAAGGGAUCCAACAAUGGCCAGUUCUCCUGUCCCGCUGGGGUCGCAACCGAUGCAGAGGGGCACAUCGUGGUGGCAGAUCUAAAGAAUCUCAACGUACAAGUGUUUAACUCUGAUGGCGAGUUCAUCAAGAGGAUCAGUCAGGAUCCUGACUCCGUGAAGAACGCCAGCUACUUCGGUAAGCCGACGGGUGUGGCCAUAUCUGAUAACGGCAACGUCGUCGUGGCUGACCGCGGGCUCCAUAAAGUUAUGCUCUUUUGAGCCAGCGAUGAUGAUACUGGCAAUGAGGAAGAUGAGUGUUAUGAUGAUGAUGUUGUGAUUAUAGUGAUGCUGCUGAUGAUGAUUCCGACGAUGAUGACAGUGGCGAUGACAAAGAGAUGUUCAUGAUGAAUGAUGUUGUUGAUCUUUACAAUGUGAUAGGGGCGACGAAGAAAUUGAAGAUGAAAAUAAUGAUGAUAAUAAUAGUGAAUGAUGAUGCAAAAAAUGCGAUGUAAUGAUGAUGAUGAAUGAUUACGGAACAGAGGAGGAAAAUGAGAUGCGAUGUGAUGUGAUUUAUGAAGAUGAGAAUAUAUCGAAUUUACAAAUAGGGGAAUAGUCAAAGGCACAAGUAAGGCAAAAGUAAGCAAGAGAUUUUCCCUGAAAUAGGAACCAACACCGUGAUAGCCAAAAUUGUUUGCACCCCCAUAUUUGCAUUGCAUUGCUAACCUAGAUUUCGGACACUAUAUAUGAUAUAAACUUAAAAACUAAAUAAUUAUACGUAAUCGUAUAAAGUAUUAAAAAUGUUGUAGUUAAUUAUAACAAAAGAGUUGAUAAAACAUGGAUUCGUCAAAUAAAGUAUUCCUCUAAAAUGUA